CAUCUUGGUACGUGUAUUCAACACUCCUGAUCAAAGCUUCGAAAACAAAUAAGAAGCAGCCUCUGGAAAGGUUCUUGGUUCAGUCUGACUCUGCUGAAUCCAAGGUGUCAUUUGUGCGCUUUGUCACUGCCGGUAUUGGAAAUAAACUUUGUACUUUUUCAUCACGUUCGAGAGACGUCCUUUUUUCCUUACAACUGGCGAGCCACCCAGCGAGGAAUUCCAAAAAAAAACCGGGGACACUAAGGCAGGGAUCAGAACAGAGACCAUUGCUGUGGUUUUUCUGGAUGGGAAGACGUCUGCAGCAACGCUGAUAUACUUACAAUUUGAAGCUAGAGGAACGUGGAGGGUGUUGAUAUGUGGUGCCACCAUCUCCUUCUCCUGACCACCCUGGGUGUGUCAGCCACCAACUCUGCAGGGCGGAUGAAUGCUCUCCAUGGGGCUUCAAUGUUUGCUGAUCUCACCCCCCGUGAGAUGAAGAAUGUGCGAGAUUACUUAAUGAACUGCAAGGAAUUGGGGCUUACCUUCGCCAAGAGCAAAGAGCUAAAAAAGAACAGCAUCCUGCUGAUGGAGCUGCACCUGCCCCGUAAACAUGAGGCCCUGCGGGUGCUGGACAGAGGCCAGGCUAGGCCUGAGCGUCAAGCUCGCGUGGUGGUUCAGUUUGGUAAUCAGUCGCUGCCCAACAUCACAGAGUAUAUCGUCUCACCCCUGCCCAUGCCUAACUCCUACAAGUCCAAGGCAAUCAAGGGUGGCCGUCGAAUCAAGUUUGAGUCACGGCCUAUAUCCUGGGCUGAGUACUUUCAUUUUAAUGCCUUCAUUGAAAAGGUCACAAUGAAGGCACACAAGGUCUUGCUGGACAGCACAGGUUUCACCUACUACAACUGCAGCAACCGCUGCCUGACUUUCUCGGAUAUAGCACCCCGAGGGCUUGCAUCGGGGGAGAGGAGGAGCUGGGUCAUACUGCAGAAGUCAGUGGAAGGGUAUUUCCUCCACCCUGUGGGCUUUGAGUUGCUCAUUAAUCACCAGAACCUUGACCCGGAGCAAUGGACAGUGGAGAAGGUGUGGUACAACGGGCAAUACUUCAACAGUGUGGAGGAACUGGUGGAAGGUUAUGAUAGCGGUACGAUCGAGAAGGCAAGGCUACCAGAGCACGAUGAUGACGACUUGUUCUCCACAUAUGUCCCCCGCGGCCACAGCAACACGCGCACAGAUUUACACGGGCCCAAGCUGGUGGAGCCACAGGGGCCGCGCUACCACGUGGAAAGGAACUUCGUGGAGUACGCUGGCUGGUCCUUCGCCUUCCGUGUCCGCUCGUCUGCCGGGCUUCAGAUCUUCGACCUGCGCUUCAAAGGGGAGAGGAUAGCCUACGAAGUCAGUCUGCAAGAGGCCAUUGCCUUCUAUUCAGGUGACACCCCUGCUGCUAUGCAAACCAAAUACAUAGAUGCUGGGUGGGCCAUGGGUACUUCUGACUAUGAGCUUGCCCCAGGCAUCGACUGUCCAGAAAUCGCCACCUUCUUGGACAUGUACCACUACUACGACACAGACAAGCCCAUGCACUAUAAGAAUGCUCUAUGCAUUUUCGAGAUGACUACAGCGAUGCCUCUCAGGAGACACUUCAACAGCAACUUCUCAGGUGGCUACAACUUCUAUGCAGGCCUGGAGAAUCAUGUCCUGGUGAUCCGGACAACGUCAACCGUGUACAACUACGACUACAUCUGGGACUUUCUUUUCUACCAGAAUGGUGUGAUGGAAUCACGGGUCAGUGCCACAGGCUACAUUCACGCAACCUUCUUCACACCCCAGGGGCUCCACUAUGGCACCAAGGUCUACAACUAUGUUUUGGGAAACCUCCACACGCACCUUAUUCACUAUAAAGUGGACCUGGACGUAGCUGGGCGGGAGAACAGCUUUGAGACCCUAGACCUGGGCUUCCAGGAAUUCACCAACCCAUGGAGCUCCAAUCACACCAUAAAGCAGUCUCGUCUCAUCCGCACGCCGCGGGAAACCGAGCGGAGUGCCGCCUUCCGCUUCGGCAAGAAGUUCCCCCGCUACCUGCACUUCCACAAUCCCAACCAACAGAACAAAUGGGGCCACAAGAAGGGGUACCGCAUCCAGUACAACUCCCACGCCGACAGUGUGCUACCUCGCGGCUGGAAGGAGGAGAACGGUAUCCCAUGGUCCAGGUACAAAUUGGCAGUAACACGUCACAAGGACAGUGAGACAACCAGCAGCAGCAUUUACACCCAAAAUGAUCCUUGGGAACCCUUGGUGUCCUUUGAGGACUACAUACGCAACAAUGAGAACAUUGUCAACGAGGAUCUGGUUGCCUGGGUAACGGUGGGCUUCCUACACAUCCCGCACUCUGAGGACAUCCCCAACACGGCCACGCCCGGGAAUUCGGUGGGCUUCUUCCUUCGCCCAUUCAACUUCUUUGAUGAGGACCCAUCUCUCUCCUCCAAGAGCACGGUCAUUGUUCGCCCGGGGAAGGACAGGAAGCCGGUGGUGCAGCGAUGGACACCUGAGGUGGUGGGCCACUGUGUUUCAAACAAGCCCUUUGUCUACGAUGGCACAUACUCCGGAGUCUGAAACAUGAAAGAUACUUUGGACCAUAGAUAUUUUUUCACUGCCUUGACCAAAUGAGCCUUGUAGCUGAACAGCAAAUAUUUCAAAUGAAAUGCAAUGAAUGUAAAUACAAGACAAUCUUUAUAUUUUUAGUUUUGUAGCAUCUAGAAUUGUACUGCAUUAAUGUCUGAAACAAUAUUCCAUAUGUUUGUUUUUUAGUUUGGUUUUUUUACUAUUUUGUAUUAAAUUUAAACUUUAAACUUUUAUUUACCACUAGUCAAAUGCUAAAUUCUGUUUCAUGAUACAUGCUUCAUUAAAUGUGAUGGUUUCUAUUUUACACUGGUAAUUUUUAGCUUGGCAUAUUAUUCAAUUAUGUACUUUUCAGAGCAUACGUGCGUUAUACACGUUCUCCAUGAACUUCUGAUUGAAAACCAAAUUACAUUGUAGACAUGCUGCAGCUCAUGAGUUUAUUCUUUUUUCACAAGCAUAUAUUAUCCUGCUUUUGAUAUUUUCCUCAAUGUAGCCAUGCAAAAAUAUUCCCAACACAUUUGCAUUUUCCUAAACAUGCAAGUGAUGUAUUCAAAUAACUGUGAAUUUCGAGACAAUUCAGUGGCUCACUUUUCAGAACUGUCAAAACAGGAAGGGAUGUUAAUAAAAGACUCACUGAGUUGUUUUUCUUCACAA